UAUUUUGGCACACAGGAAGUGUACCCUGAUACAAUUCUUUUCAUUCAAACUUUUCAAAUUUCUCAGACAACAAAAGCAUCAGAACACCUUAGAAAGCAAGCAAAGGUUCUGUUGGAAAGAUGGAGGAUAUUAUACACAUUGAUGAAAUGCAGCCAGGUGGAAUGAAGCUUUGAAACUUUUUAGCAAAACAGAACAACAUUAUUUAGGUAUUAUAUUGAAGCAGGAAGUGAAGAAUUGUGUGUGUCACUGAAACCAUCAGAGGAAAUGUCCAUAAAGAGGCUGUAUUCAAGAUGGAACAUGUCCAGGAUAUCCAAAUGAAGACCACAUUUCUGCCAAAAAGUGCAGUGGUAUUUCCACGACCAUGUUUGUUCAAUAUUUCUGAGUUUCAUUUGAAUGUCUGUGCUUUCAAAAAUUCAGCACCUGUGAACUGUAUGCUGACGUAUUUAUUCAUUCAAGACUGACUCAGAAGGAAGAGAUUGUUUUCUUCUACCUUAGUCACCUGUAAUACCUCCUGCAGUACAACAUGUAGGUCAGUGGUUUUCAACCUUUUUACAUUUAAGGCACCCCUCAUUAGACUUGAGACACCAGCUCUUAGCUUUCACUCAUUUUUUUUCACUACAGAAAAAUAAUAGAGUGAUUCUGCUGUUGCAAAGAACUCAGAAAGACCAUAAUAGCUCAGACUGCUUUUAAUGCUAUUAAUUCCUAUUCAAAAUUCCUAGGUUUAUCUUGUGAAUCGUAUUUUCAUACCGAAGAGUGCUACCAUUGUGUAGCACUCCACAGCACCUUUGAAAGGAUCUCAAGGCACCCCAGAGUGCUACAGCACACUGGCUGAGGAUCUCUGACCUAGGUACUUGUCAGAGGUCCAUUGUCCAAGUAUUAACCCAACUAAAUCCCAGGUAGCUCUCCACAUCUGAUAGGACUGGAAGGGAAAAUAGUCAACUUGAUUUAAAAGAGGGGAAUUUACAUGCAAGUUCUUUUGUCAAGAGAGAUUUUUUUUUCUGUAUCUCUAGAGAUAAAAGCAAAUAGGCGAUGAGAGCGGUUACAUGGGUUGAGAUCCAUCUCCAACUGAAGUUAUCAGUAAUCUUCCAUCAAUUUCAGUUGAGUCAGAAUUUUGCCCACAACCUUUGACCUGUCUUACUGGGAAUAAUUUUAUCUACCAGUAAUUUUACAAAGUGUGUUUCAGAAAAGCUUGAAAAGAAUUAGGUGUAUAUAUUUUUGUUCUACAACAAAAUAAGGAAGUUUAUCUGUAAAUAAAAUAAUUUGCUGGCAAAUUGCUCAGAGUAGGAUGUCCAGCGAUACAUGAACAUGCAUAAUAAAACAUUUAAGGAGUGCUGUUGUUAUCAGUGACCUGCAACUAGGCAGUCUCUAGGACCCAGAAUCAGCCUGUUUUACAGGUGGGUGCUACCUGCCUGAAUGACGUCUGUAUUUCAACAGGUAUUGUUUUCAAUUAAGUGAAAGACAGUAAUCAGAUCAGGGAAACUUAGCUCCUCACUUCACUGCUUUUCAGUUAGUCUGGCUUUUGUAACCACCAUAACUUAUGUAUUAUACUUAAAGCUACAUUUUAAGGGGAAGUAAGAUGACAAUGAAUGAAGCUCUACGCUGCUUCUCUUUGAAGAUCAUAAGGAAAAAACUUUUUUUCAAGAAAGCAUGCUGCCAGCAUGUUGCUUCAGAUUCUGAAACACAAAAUGAGGAGCUGGAGAAAAGAGGGAAAGAAAGGAAAAGAAAGAAGAAAAAUAAAACUAAGAGGAUGAUUGUCUCCAACUUGCCCUUUGAAAGCAACAUGUGGAAAGAGAACCCAAAUAGGUAUUAUGACUCUAAUAAAAUUAAGACCACCAAGUACACCAUCCUCUCAUUCAUCCCAAAGAAUAUAUUUGAGCAGUUUCACCGCUUUGCCAAUGUAUAUUUUGUGGCCAUUGCCUCACUGAAUUUUGUGCCAGUGGUUAAUGCUUUUCAACCAGCAGUUUCUUUGAUCCCAAUCUGUAUUAUAAUGGCCAUUACCGCAGUGAAAGAUGCCUGGGAGGACUUCCGGAGAUACAAAUCAGACAAAGAGAUCAACAGUAUGGGCUGCCUCAUUUUUAGGAAGAAAGAACAGGCCUAUGUUGAGACGUGCUGGAAAGACGUGCGAGUGGGAGACUUUGUACAGCUGCAGUGUAAUGAGACCAUCCCAGCUGAUAUCCUGCUACUGUACUCCUCUGAUCAGAAUGGAACCUGUCACUUAGAGACUGCCAACCUUGAUGGGGAGACCAAUUUAAAACAAAGACAGGUGGUGACAGGAUUCUUCCAUCAGAGCUCUGAGUUUCAUCCAGAAUUUUUCCAAAAUACCAUAGUCUGUGAGAUGCCAAAUAAUGAUCUCAAUAAAUUCAAAGGUUACGUGGAGCAGCCUGAUAGCAAAAAGAUUGGUUUUAGCAGCGAAAACCUUUUGCUUCGUGGAUGUACAAUCAGAAACACUGAAGUCGCAAUAGGAAUUGUUAUCUAUGCAGGUCAUGAAACGAAGGCCAUGCUAAAUAACAGUGGCCCUCGUUACAAACGCAGCAAGAUAGAGCGACGGAUGAACAUGGAUAUUUUCUUCUGUGUGGGGCUCCUGUUCAUUAUGUGUCUGAUUGGAGCACUUGGCCAUGGCAUUUGGAAUGGGAGUUUUUCAGAACACCCACCAUACAAUGUCCCAGAUGUAAAUGGUUACUAUUUGUCAUCGGCUCUUGCUGGUUUCUACAUGUUCCUGACAAUGAUCAUCUUGUUACAGGUGUUGAUCCCCAUCUCUCUCUACGUAUCCAUUGAGUUAGUCAAAUUGGGCCAAGUUUUCUUGAUUCACAAUGACAUCGAUCUGUACGAUGAAGAGAGAGAUUUUUCCAUACAGUGUCGAGCCUUAAAUAUCACUGAAGAUCUUGGGCAAAUCCAACACAUUUUCUCGGACAAAACCGGGACACUAACAGAGAACAAAAUGGUGUUUCGGCGUUGUACUAUCAAUGGAAAUGAGUUUUCACAUCAGGAAAAUGCUAAACGAUUGGAGACCCAUAAGGAUAUGAACUUGGAAGAUGCAGACUGGGCAAAAUGUCAGCAAGUCAUUUUUCCUGCUAUUGAGAUUGAGAAACAAGCCACUUUAAAACAGAAAAGUGCAAAACCUUUGAGAAGGUGUCAAAGUGCCAGGGCUCAUGUUCCUGGACACGCAAGGAAGAGGUCAUUGGGACGUUGUGACAGCUCCCAGUCUCAAGUGGCAUUCAGCAGUACCAUAGAAAAGGAUGUGACCCCUGAUAGCACACUUUUGAGGAAAGUGAGAGAUGCUGCCCUCCAGAUGGAGUCCUUGUCGCCUUUUACAUCUAAGGCUACCUUCUCCAGCACUACAGCUACUACUGACUUUUUUCUUGCAUUGGCCAUCUGUAAUACUGUUGUGGUCUCCACAGCAACUGAGCCAAGACAAAGGGUGACAGCCCCACCUCUGAUGAAGCCAUCAGGAAUCUCCUUGGAGAGGAUUCAUCAGCUGUUUCAACGGCUAAAAUUAGCAAACCUUAGUCAAUCUUUCUUAUCAACUCAGUCCCAUUCAGACCUAGGAGCCAGUUUUGAAACAGAGGAUAAUAAAGAGAAUCCAGCUGCCCCCAACUCCUGUGACAAAGAUGAUGACAACAAUGGUGGUGGUAGAAUUGUGGUUCACAGGAAGGACAGCACAGGGACUCGCAAUACCUCUCUGGAUGAGGCUUUUGAAUCUGUUACUCAGGGCUCUUUGCAAGCAGAAUUUUGUUAUGAAGCUGAGAGCCCAGACGAGGCAGCCCUUGUCCAUGCUGCCCGGGCUUACAGUUUCACUUUAGUGUCCAGGACUCCUGAGCAGGUAACUGUGAGGUUACCACAAGGUACCCUCCUGACUUUUGACAUACUUUACACUUUGGGAUUUGACUCUGUCAGGAAAAGGAUGUCUGUAGUGGUGAGGCACCCCCUUACCAAUGAAAUAAUUGUCUACACCAAAGGAGCAGACUCUGUUAUAAUGGAUUUACUAGAAGACCCUGCCAGAGAUGGCAUUGAUGUAGAGAAGAAACUCAGAAGAAUACAUGCCAAAACACAGAAGCACCUGGACUGCUAUGCAAGGGAUGGCCUAAGAACCCUGUGCAUAGCUAAGAAGGUUUUGAGUGAAGAGGACUUUGAGAAAUGGGCCAAUUUUCGUCAGGAGGCCGGGGCAGCAAUUGACAACAGAGAUGAGCUACUAAUGGAGACAGCACAGCAUCUGGAGACCAAACUCACCUUGCUAGGAGCAACAGGGAUUGAAGAUCGGCUACAAGAUGGAGUAACUGAUACCAUCGCUGCUCUCCGAGAGGCUGGAAUACAAAUCUGGGUGCUGACAGGAGACAAGCAGGAAACAGCCGUUAACAUUGCAUAUUCUUGUAAACUUCUGGACCAAAGAGACACGGUCUUUACUAUUAAUACCGAAAAUAAGGAAACCUGUGAAUCCCUCUUGGAUUUGACCUUGGAAGAAGUGAGGAAGAACUGUGGCGUUAAAAAAAGCAAAUGGACAUUCUUUGGCAUUGGUCUGCCAUCUUCUCUGCCAGCUUCCACAGGCCCUGUUCCUGAAUUUGGGCUGGUUAUUGAUGGGAAAACAUUGAACAUUGUCUUCCAAGGGGAGCUAGAAAGGAAGUUUCUGGAGUUGACAAAGUACUGCCGCUCAGUUUUGUGUUGCCGGGCCACUCCUCUCCAAAAGAGCAAGGUGGUCAAACUAGUUCGGAGGCAACUAAAUGUCAUGACACUAUCAAUAGGUGAUGGUGCAAAUGAUGUGAGCAUGAUUCAAGUGGCUGAUAUUGGAAUUGGUAUAUCUGGUCAGGAAGGCAUGCAGGCUGUGAUGGCCAGUGAUUUUGCAAUAUCUCGAUUUAAGCACCUCAAGAAGCUGCUUCUCGUCCAUGGACACUGGUGCUAUUCUCGCUUGGCAAAGAUGGUGAUUUACUACUUCUACAAAAAUGUGAACUAUGUCAAUCUACUAUUCUGGUAUCAGUUCUUCUGUGGAUUCUCAGGGGCCACCAUGAUUGAUUACUGGCAAAUGAUCUUUUUCAACCUCUUUUUCACUUCCUUACCGCCCAUCAUUUUUGGGGUGUUGGAUAGAGAUGUUUCUGCAGAAACACUUCUAAGUUUGCCUGAACUAUACAAAAAAGGGCAAAAUUCAGAGAUCUACAAGUUGUCAACGUUUACCAUUGCCAUGCUGGAUGCCUUCUACCAGAGUCUUGUCUGUUUCUUUGUCCCUUAUUUUACAUAUGAGGGUUCUGACAUAGAUGUUUUCACAUUUGGAACUCCCAUCAAUACCAUCUCUCUCCUGACUAUUCUCCUACACCAAGCUCUAGAAAUUAAAACUUGGACACUGUUUCAUUGGAUCACAAUGAUUGGAAGUGUUGUGCUUUACCUCUUCAUCUCAACUGUCUACAAUGCUGUCUGUGUUGUUUGUAACCCUCCCACCAACCCCUACUGGAUUAUGGAGAAUCAGAUGUCAGAUCCUAGGUUUUAUUUACUGUGUUUCAUUGCACCAGUCCUUGCUCUUUUACCGAGGUAUUUUGUUUUAGCUCUGCAAGGAACCUUCGUAGCAUGUCCAAUUCUAAAAGCUCAGCAACUGGAUAAGCUUCCCAAAGAGCAACGAGAUCUGGAAAUCCAUUUAAAGAGGACAAAAAAGCAAGCUAUUUUAGGCACAACUUCAGUCUGCGUUGAUGAGGUUAAUCUAAGCACCAGCAAUGUAUGCCUGUCACCAUUCCUACAUCCAACAGCAUCUGCUAUAUCCCAUGAUAACCUCGGAUUAUCCCCCCAAGAUACAAACCCCAGAAGGGAGUGGAUACUGAAUAGAGAAAGCCAAUAUUCCAUCAGGAGGCAGACAGAGGAAGAAACCACUUCAGCUAGUUCCUCAUUGACGGCUUCACCUUGGCAGUAUCAAUUUUUGACUGAUAGAAAUGCAUCUCCUGGGCAGUUCACUGGCCAGUUGACUGAUGGUUGUGCUGAAAGACUUAACCGUGGAAGCCAUCGGAGAUCAGUGAGUGCAGUGACACUAUGAAGGAUCUUGAGUUCUGAGCUUUCAACAAUGUGAUAACUUUCCUGGACAUAUUACUGCUGCUGUGCAGCCCUGAAGGAUAAAGAGUGCAGCAGGGGAAACCUUUUUCAUAAUUAUGUUCAACUGUGAAACUUUCUAGAAAUACACAGAUGGCUUUGUGAAUCUUCUGGAAUAGCUCAAUAUGAUAUAUUAAUAUGUGAAAUAGGCCAUGUGCACAUAUCAGUUUUCAAGGAUGUGGGGGCUGACUUAAUAAAUGGUUGGUUUCUUUGGUAUUGUUUGGCCAGGAGAACAUCUAUGAGCAUCAGUUAAUCACUGUGAAAUGUACAAUUUGGACAAAAAUUGGAGAUGUUUCUCAUCAAAUAACAUUUUCCCUUCAAAGUAAUAGUGACCUGCGUGGUGAUUACAAGGUAAUUAUACAUUUAGGACAGUAAGGAAGGACCGAUUCUAUACACUGUGCCAUUCCAAAGAACAACUAGCUCUUCUUUAAUACCUAAGAAACAAAGCCUUAAAAAGGUCUUAUCAAAAAGCCCUUGAAUAUGUUCAGCUUUUUAAGUUAGCAAUAAGCCACUUAUAAAGGAGGAAAUUGGUUACCUUCAGUUGUUAAAAGUAAUAUCUAAAAUGUCCAACAGAAAAAAUGCUCUAGUUUUCAAGCUGUAUGGUUUAUGCAGGUGACAGCAUAAUAUGAAGUUGCACCGUUUCCUCUCUAUUGUCAGAUGGGCCCAUUUAUAUAGGUUGACCUUCCUCACAGUAAUGCUGGGCAGGAAGAAAACAUUUUUAUAAACAGAAAACCACAAAAGUUGGGAGGAGGACUCCAGGCCAGUUAUAGAUAUUUAAAGCUACAAAAUAUAUAUCCAAAAGUGUAAUGGAAAUUUUAGUUAAAGUAUAGCUAUUCCUGAUUUCUUCUAAUCUGGAGAUGGUAUUUAUUUCCUUCCUUCCUACCCUGUACUAUUUGAUAUAUCUAUAGGGCAUAACACAGUGACAUGCAAAGAGACCUAGGAUGACUUACAUGCAGAACACAGUACAGCCACAUUAACCAAGGCAGAAUACUCUGCUAAUUAUCGCUGCUAUGAGAAGCAAGGUUUAUUAAGCUACAUAAAGCACCAUAUGAAUGCAGCUAUACUGUAUUAUGUAAAUGCAUAUAGCACCAGUGCCCCAAUUACUUCAGGUAUCUCUGCAUGGCACUUCACUGUGCUGUGUAGUUACACCAUUUGCAUAGUGUUGUUAUGUUCUGUCAAACACAUCUCAUGUUGGCGUAGCUCAGUGGUGGAUGCAAAGAUUCCCAUAUGUUCAUCCUGUUGCUGGGGAUCAUUUAAGAUGAAAGUUGUUAUAGAGAUGGUAGAUAUUUUAAUAGUACAACAAAUAAAUCUACAUCUGACCUGAGAUCUGGGCACAUCAAUUGCUUUGGAUAUGAAUGGUACAUUACAGUAGUUGUGGUUGCCUAUAGUGACUAAAAUUCAGGUUAUCUUCUUAAAGUUCUGUUAAAAUGCAGAAGUUCAUCCUUAUCAGUAUCUUAAAGCAACAAGAUACAGGAACAUUCACAAAUAACACUCUGACCCCUAGCUGUUGCAAUGCAAUGAAAGAUGUCUUCAGUAUUUCCCAUAGAAAUAUUCACUAUUAAUACUAUGUGAGAUUCAAGAUGUCACAAUAAAUAGCUACAACUCAAUCAUGCACUAAGUUCAACUGGUCUCAUAUUUUUGUGACUCAACAGAUGACUCCAGUUUUUUAGCUUUUGACAUGUGUAAAGCAGUAAAUUUUCAGCUAAUUAUUUAUUACACCUCACAAUGUGUGAUGUCUCUUCAAUAAACUGUUUAGCAAAUACAGGUGGUCCUCGACUUACAACAUUUUGAGUUACGUUUCACACUUACAACCAUUAUAAAUUGACACCCUGUUUCAAUUUUAUGGCAUCAGUUUCGACUUACAAUGCUUGAUUCGAUGUGACGCCACGCCAGUGAACAAGUUUGCUGUGUCACUCAUCUCCCUGGAGAAUAUCUGUCCAAACUUGCUUGGACACUUUCUUUAAGAAAGCGGACAAGACUCCAGAAAAACUUGCUGCCAAGACUCCUGAGAAGACCCCAGCCAAGAACCCUUCAAAAACUCCAGCCAAGAGCCCUUCAAAAAGUCCAGCAAAAUCACCUCAAAGAAGUCCUUCCAAAUCAAUAUGAUUGCUAUUUACAAUAUAAAUACAUUAAUGUAGCUAUAUUACUCAUCUAUAAUUGAUUGAGUACAAAAUUCUGGGGUAUUUUUGGUGAAAAUAGGGUAUCAGGCCUUGGUUCAGGAACCAAUCCCCCAUUUAUAACAUUGUUUCCUUUGAGAAAAUUGGUUCUGAGUUACAACAUUUUGACUUAAGGCACAGUUUUCAGGAACCAAUUGUGUCGUAAGUCCAAGGACUGCCUGUAUUCAUUUGCUUUCUGUUAUACAUAUGGUAACCCACAAUUUGCUAGUUAUUGUUGCUUUAACAUAACACAGAAAGCACUGAAUAGCAUCCCUACCACUUAAACUUAUUUCAACUAUUACUGUGUUAAGUGUAUAACUGAUACAGUAUUAAUUGUCAGCUUUAAACCAAUUUAAAAGAGGCAGGUUUUGUACAAUGACAGGAAUUAGGUGCUGUUGAGAUUAUUAUUGUGGGAACAGAGAGUGUUCACUUUACCCACUCACUGCCUGAGAAUGAAUCCUUUGGUGAUGAUACCUGGGGUGAAAUGUUUUUGACUCCCAGACAUGUUUUUACAUGACCUAGUCCUUUUUCUUUGAACCCAGGGAAAUAAAUUGCUCAUUUUUUUC